ACCAUAUUUUCUACUUCAUUCCUAUAUCACAAACCACUACCGCAACUCCAUUCCAUUUCCUCUGCAACAAUUCACUCAGACCACACUCCACCUUCACCUCGUUAACAUCGACUGAGAUAGAGAGGGAGAGACUGAGCCGCACUCUGCAAUCCGAGAGGGAAGAAAAGAAUCCGCGAGCUGCAAAUUUUUCCUGCUCUGUCCGUGAGCUGGAGAGAAGAAAGGGGAGCAGCACUGCGUGAGCUCCACCCCUUGUCGCACUCUUCACCUUCCACCAACCACAACCAUCUUCACCGCAACACCAUACUAGCUGCAAUCAGUUUCCAGCAGCAACUACUGCAACCAAAAUCUGCUGCGUGCGUGAGAGCCGAGAGGAAGGAAAAUUUUUCAGAUUUCCUGUGCGAAGGCUUAGCUUACUGUGAGUUUCCAACAGCAAUUCUCCAAAAGGAAGAUUAUCCUCGGGGAACUUUGCCGAGCCACAAGCAUCAAUCAUCAUUCAUCGGCUGCACUUCAAUAAUUUUUUUUUCUUUUUGCUCAUCAGAUAACCCACCUCGUGCCCGAAAAGGAGCUUAAAAUAAUUUUGGGAAUUUGAAGAAAAGGCAACCAAUUAGCAAUCAUGCAAAUUAAGGACUACACCGUGCCACUGCCGCAUAUUUCACUGACGGAUAAACGGGGAGGAACUCAAUCAAAGAGCUUGUCACUACAUGUUUACAAACCAGCAAUCGGCCCGCUCGCUGAAUCCUUCAUACCCCUCGAAGGAUGUUUUCAUCUUGAAGAUUGGACUAGCAAGUGGACUAAGGAAAUGGUGGCACCGUCGACUUUCUCCACUACGUCGAGGGAAGAAGAAGUGGUCGUAUUAAACUCGUCACUUCACAAUGGAGAUUCGGAAAUAAUCAAAUUCACGCUUCCGUUCGUGGGAUUGAAUAUUGACAAAGCUACAUGGAAAAUCCCUUCGUCCUUCUUCGGUGAGGCGUGCUUCACCUCCCAUUAGUGGAAGUGGGUUGAGGACAUGCUUGGAAUGUAUAAAGAAAUACUCACACGCGCUAGCAUAUUUGAAGCCGUCUACGCAUCAAGAUACUCCUACGACCGCUGUGAAAAUAUCUUGCGAGCCUUCUUCAAAUAUUGGUGUCCUUCGACGAACACACUUCAUACGCCCGUUGGGGAGUUGUCCAUCACACUUUGGGACCUUUAUCGACUUGGUGGCCUUUCGAUCGAUGGCACGUUUUUCGAUGAAGUUGUUCCUUCGGCGCAGGAGCUCCUCACUCAUGACAAAGAAGGGAAGCCACUUCUCCCCGAGAGUUGUAGGUACCUCUUUUCCACCUACUACCACCUUUGGACGAAUGACCAAAGGGUAUGGAUGAAGGAUUGGAUUCGCUUCUGGUUUAAAGGAGAGGGUAGGUAUAGGGCUCCUCCGAGUAGAGCGAAUAGAAGGAAGACCACAUCUAAACCAAAAUUGACUUACAACCCUUCUGGAAACGUGGAGCCUUACGACCUUGCCGAUACGAAUGACUUCAAUGUCCCUUUUGACACCCUGGGUAUCCUAUGGUCUCUAAGAAAGGAAACCUAUAUUGCGGCAUUCAUAGCGUGUUGGAUUUGCAAGUUCCUUUUGCCAAGCAAAAAGGUUGAUCGUAUUCGUCCAAGUGUCUUCAAGGUUGCAUGCUUAAUGGCUACAGGGAAAAAAUUUUGUCUUGCAAUUCCCGUCCUUGCAAGCAUAUAUCAUGGGUUGAGGGAGAUCAUCCACGCCCUUAACCUUGGAGAAUGUGGGGUUUUGGCAUUCGAGAGAUUUGAAGUCUGCUUUUAGCUUUUGUACUGUUGUGUUGGAUUGACUAUGUAUCUUUUGUUUUGGGUUGUCACUUGAAGCUGGAAAAGUGCAAACCCUAAGUUUUGGCUUGUAUGAAUUUAUUUGACCUUUAUGAGUUUACUGUGGGGUUUGUAAUGUAUAUUUGUAGUUUUGUGUUGAGCUGGUCGGAGAUGUAUUUAAGAGUGAACGUUCAGAUGUCCAAUGGCAAUGUUAUCUCUGAAAUUAAUGUGUUUUAGUAUUCCGGUCGUUUAAA